GUUAGGUGAGCUGUGCAGCGGCGUCGGUUCUGUGUCACCGUGCUAGUUUAUUAAUGAACACUUCUGUGGAUAUUGUGUUAUGCUCAGUCAACCAUUUCCAACACAACGAGUCCGGGAAGUUUAUUAUAAUCUUAUUUUUCUCCUCUUUGGUGAAACCGAGACGAAAAGGCGCCAGUUGGAACGCAUUUACACGGGCAACAGAUUCUGCCACAACACCGGCCGGGCUCCCCCUCGGCUUCUGUGGGUUAUGGUGGUUUUUACUAAAGGAGAGUGAAGAUGGAGUAGGAGAAGCCGUCCUCUCUGACUACGACAGUGCAGAUCCAGAGGAAAAUGGCUCCCACUCAGAGGGUGUGGAGGAGGAGGAGGAGGCGGCAGAGCAUUUCAGCGAUGAAGAAGCUCCAGUAGCAGCUAGCAAGGCCACACCCUCUGCAGUCGACAGCCCAGCAAAGGUAGACGAGGAGGAGGGCGAGGAUAAGGAACAGGAGGUGGAGGUGGAGGGAGGAGGAGGAGGACAGAGGGAAGAGGAGAGCAAGGCUGAAGAAAAAGGAAACCUAGCAGGAGAGAGACAGAGCGGAGAUGGACAGGAGUCCACUGAUGACCCUGAAACGAAGGCCGGAGGGAAACCUGGUCAGAAGCUUGACGAUGACGAAGACAGAAAGAACCCGGCCUACAUCCCAAGGAAGGGUCUGUUCUUCGAGCAUGACGUCAGAGGACACGCUCAGGAGGAGGAGAGACCUAAAGGCAGGAACAGGAAGUUGUGGAAGGACGAGGGUCGCUGGGAGCACGACAAGUUCAGGGAGGAAGAGCAGGCGCCCAAGAGUCGCGAGGAGCUCAUCGCCAUCUACGGCUACGACAUCCGAAAUGGUGGCGGCUCUGGGGACCGAUCGUACCGGCAGCGCAGGCCGAGACAAAACACGUCUCCCAGCCGAGACAAACGAUGGAGAGAUGGAGGAGAGAGACCGGUACGGUCCUGGCAGAGUGGAGGAGGUCUGAACCGAGGAGGAGCUCCUGCACCCUCAUCCACCCACCCCUCCUCUAUAUCCCCCUCCUCUGCUCAGAGGAGCAGCAAUCCCUCCAGGCCACCUCCUUCCCGCAGCAGACCGUCCCACCAGAACCAGAUGCACCUCCCGCCUCAGAACCAGUUCCGGAAUAAUGAAUCAAACCCACCCCAGGUGCAUCCAAGAGAACGACAGAGUCCUAAAGCUCCACCUGAGCCCACUGACAAAGACAGAGGUGUAGUUGGCAGGGGAGGGCGUGGUGGUGGGGGGAGGGGAGGGCCCUCCGUGGUCAUUGAGGACAUCUCCGUCAGCCAGGGUGGUGUUGGGGAACAGGACCAGAGUGCUGUAACAACGGCGGCAUCUUCACAGCCGGGUGGUUACAAGUCUGCAUCACCGAGGCGACAGCAGCAGGAACAACGAGGGAGUGCUGACAGAUCCGUGUCAGGAUUGGCUGUUUCGUCCUCCACAUCUGAACCCGCCCUGCAAUCAUUAGCUGCAGCGACCAAUCGAGAAGCCUCUCCUCCAACUGAGCGUCCGGUGGAGCGUAAAUCUUAUUCACUGGCUCGCAGGACUCGCUCUCGGCCCGCCGACCUGGGCAGCAAACAGGCGUCCGUGGAGGAGUCUGCAACGGUAGGAAACGCCUCCUCCCCCAACAUCGUGGGAGGGAAGAGCUGGGCAGGAGCCGGCGACGGGCCGAGUCCAGGGGGAGGGGGAGGGGGAGGAGGAGCUCUGACCGAGCUGGACCAGGACGUCGCUCGACUCAGUCUGGCAGGACAGAGCUGGAGCCAGAGCCCGGCAUCCUACAUCCGGUCUGAGAUGAGAGGCAUCUCCAGCCCAAUGCACCUGCCUGCCGGCCCGCCUCAGUUCUCCAGCAUAGAGGAGAUGGGUGUCGGUUCCAACCGGGCCAAACGCUACUCCUCCCAACGGCAGAGGGCCGUACCUGAGCCGGCACCGCCCAUGCACCUUGGAGUGAUGGAGGGACACUACUACGAGCCCAUGUCAUAUCAGGGACCAAUCUAUGCCCACGGGGAAGGCCCCGCCCCCAUCCCACCUCAAGGCAUGCUGGUCCAGCCGGAGAUGCACAUCCCCCACCCCGGUCUUCAUCCCCACCAGUCAGGUGGCCCGAUCGCUAACCCCGCCCUCUAUGGAGGCCCACCUGUUUCUCUGUCACCGGGGCAACCACAGCAGCUGCUGCCACCACCUUUCUACCCUCCACCUGGAGUCAUGACGUUCCCUUACCCCGCCAUGUACCCGAGUCCACAGGGUCAGGCCCAGGUGACUUACGGAGGUGUGACGUACUACGACACGAUGCAGCAGCAGGCUCAGCCCAAGCCUUCGCCCCCCCGUCGCACAUCACAGCCCGUCACCAUCAAGCCCCCCCCUCCGGAGUUGCACUUCGCCUCAGAGUGACCCCGCCCCUCACCCCUCCCCGCCACCCAGUCUCAGCCUCACUCUGAUCCGACAGGUGCAGGAGCGGGAUGGCAGGGUCAGUGAGGAGCUGCGGUCCCAAACACCAACCUCAUCAGGGAGGGACGGGUGGACGGAGGUGAAGAUGGACUCUGCAGGUGACUCGCAGCAUCACUGGUGGAAUAUGACUUUCUCUUUUUUUUCGUCUCUUUAUUUCUGCCCUGUAGCAGUCGGGCGGAUCAGACUGUCAUGUUACUUUGCAGCCGCAGGUUUGAUCCCGUCGACGCUGACCUCUGAGCACGUCAUCGUCUGCCUGUAGGACUGGCGGGUUGAAACCCUUUAGAGCCACUUUGAAGCAUUUAACGUCACACAGAGUGGGACGGUGGGAGUCCAGCUGUGAUGUGUGGCUGAUGGUCCUGUCUGUGUUGUUCUCAGUGUUGAAGCUGCAGUCUGAGUCCUGACAGCUGGCGGCAAUAUAAACGGUUUUCUCUGUUAUCAGCGAUCACUUUACUUCACUCUGUACAUGAGUUACUGCAGGAGGUUCAUGUGUCUCCAGCCUCCAGUGCAGCUACUACAGAAGGUGUAACCAGAGUUUAUCUGCAGGAUGUUUGUGUAAAUAGUUUGAAUGUGUUCACGCUGACUCGGUGCUUCCUGAAAACCUCCAGAUGUUCCCGUUUUGUUACAGCUGGUCGGCCUCUGUUAGAUUUGGAUGUUUUCCCCUCUUCACACAGAACGUUUUUAUAUUUGCCUGCAUUUCUGUGUUUCUUCUCGUACAUCAGCUCUGUGUUUGUUACCAUGACUGUCAGAUCUGUAGUGCUGCGUGUCGGACCAGAGGCUGCUACUAGUCAAUGUUUGGUGGAUAAAAUGUCAUAAUAAUAAUGACAUUUCAAAUUUCUUAAAAUGUUCAGUGAUAUAAAAAAGCUUCUCUGAGAUAAUUGACUGAAAUUAUUAAGCAAAAUUCUUGCAAGUUGAUUCUCUUUUGCUGUUGUUGAUAAAUCUUUUCACCUCACAGCAGCGAUGAGGACAGAAAAGACACGGCUGUCGUUUCUCUGCAAAUAACAGAAUCUCAGUAAUACAGAGUUUGUGGAUCAGGACCGGGCGACCGGGUCACAUCGUUAAAGGUGCACUAUGUAAGAGAUGAUACCCCACCAGGGUAACUGCUCUCUGUAUUCUGUAUACACCCACCACUGUAGCUGCUGUUAGCUCUGUUAGCUGUGCAGCCAGCUGGACAACCAGGAGAGUGUUGGUGAUGACACCACUGACCCCGGCCUAGCUGGUUAGCAUGCUAACUUCUAAUCUGGUCUCUUUUGAUUUAAUAUCAAACAGUUAUUUCUUGACAUCGGAUGAUGUUUGAAGUUAAUUGAAUUCUUACAUAUUGCACCUUUUUAGAGGGCAAUUCUGGAGUUUUUAAAGCUUUAACACAAACGUCUCUCUGUAGGAAUCGUUUUGUGAUGUUGUCAAUAAGCUCAGCGUGGCAACAGGAUUAUGUAACAACUGAGGAGAAGAAUGAAUCAUUGACACACAGAACAUGUCAGUCGAAGGUCCAGCUUUAAAAAUACCAGAAUUCCUCUUAAUAUAUACAUUUAUUUCUUUAAAAUCUGAAACAUGAUUUAAGAAAACAUGUUUUCUUGUUUCAUGUGCAGAACAGUUAAACAAGCAUGAAUGAUAAUAUAAAGGAUAAAUACAAGUUAGUCUGUGUGACUUUGGACCAUCAGGAGCAGGUCGACUGGACACUCCUGAUCCAGAUCAGUGAAGUCUUUGUUCAGUCUGUGGACGUGACCGCUGACCCAGCGUCGUGCCGGUCACAGUUCACAGGACCGUCAUGACUGCAGACCGCUGCCGGAGACGUUGGAACAUUUUUUGUGUACGUCCAGCUGAUUGUAUUCACACAGUAUUCACAUGAAUCAAACGAACUGGCUCUGUCUCCCGGCCCUCUCUUCACUGUUUAUAUCCAUGCUGAGUGUGUUACUAUGGCAACAGACCAACCAAUCACACUCGGUGUCGGUGACGCAGCCAGUGUGGCGGUUAAAUGUUAGCGGUAAUGUACCGAGAAGUGAUGAAACUGUUUUCACUGAUUCCGCGGACCGAACGCAUAGUUUGUUUUUCUUUUUCCUCCUCCGACGAGCAGGAAGUCAAACUAACGACGCAAAAGUUGCACAAAGGUCGUUGGCUCGUCCGAGAGAAGCUGCAGCUGCCCGGCGGAGACGUUUAUUGUUGCUGUAAAUAAAAAAUCUAAAUGUGUAUAUAGAAGCUUGAACAGAUAAAAUAGAGCGGUAAACAUAUUCUAAUAAAACUACUAGUGCUACAGAAACAGUCGGCUUCUGAUUCAAACGCAUCGGCAGGGACCUCGAAUGUUAACGGUGGGUAUAAUUUAGAGAAGUGGCGACGUGAAGGAGCUGCGUGGCUUUAGCUUUCGUCUGUUUUGUAUUUUUUCCUUUCUGACAUGUCGCUCUGUUUAAUUUUAAUACUGUUUUUUUUUUAUUGGUAGUGAAGACAGAAGUGAAAUGACGACUGCUGAAGAUUUCUUUGUUUUCACACGUUAACGACACACUGAGGAAACCACUCAAUAAACCUGAACUGAUUCA